AUCAUAUCCAUAGCCAAGUUCUGCGCUGACGUCAGCGAAAUUAAGUGUUUGCAAAUAAAGGAAAUGGCUGACAAUGUGGACGAUCAAAGUGUGCUGUGUUGUAUCAAAACAGUGGUUCUGACAGUCGUCAAAGUCGCCUAAACCGUUCGCUUUUCCGAUUGGACAAUGAUGAUCGAGUUGUCAUUCGUUAAGUGAUAACGCUGCUAUCAGCAGAUCUAAAAAUACAGUGUUGACGUUGCAAAUUUCUUGAAAAUGCUGUACAUUUAAGUUUUGCACAAAGUGAACACCCUCAUUGGUGCAAGUGUACCGUUCUGGCUUCCCAUUGGCGCAGAAAAUUGAUUGAAUGUAUUCAUGUGACCUUUAAUAAACCUGGUUUAUUGUUUCACAUAUUUUGUGAUUUAGCAUAAAAUUGUUCGGUUUGUUGUGUUAUCAAGUGGUUUCUCGUCCAUUGUGCCGUGCUUGUGAGUGGUCGUUGGCGAGUGACAUUGCGUGAGAGGCUAUCGAAGGGAUCCAAAACAUUGAGUCAUGCUGAUGGUCUGAUUGUUAUGGUGGAUUUUUCAUUGACUCGGCACGGGAUUUGAACUUUUAUCCUUGGAGAGUGGCACAGCACGUGUCAGAUUGGGUAAAUUACCGAGCUAAUACCACAACAAACAUUAAGGUCACUAGUCAUGAGUGAUUUUACGAGGAGUUAUUUCGUCGACCCCGGAAUAACAAUCAAGGAGGAGCCCUUACGUGAAGAACCGUCAAUAAUGAACACUUCUGCCAGUGUCCCGAUCCCAACGCGCCGUAUAAUGGAAAUAUCCGAUUACCGCGACUUCGGCAUCGACUUGGACAACUCGCAAUCGCCCCUGUACCCAGACAGCACCUUGGGCAACAUGCAGACCCCUGACGGCUUCGACAACACGACCGUGUGGGGCAAUCGCCUGAUAAUCAGCGACGAGACGAUAAAGACCGAGGCUUUGAUCCACAUGGACGACGACGACAUCUUCCAAGUGGACAAGGCCGACCUGAUCCAGGGCCCCACUUUGGCCGAACUGAACGCCAACGACGACACCCUCCUCGGCGACUUGAACUUCGACGAUUUGCUCCUCCCGGAGGAAAACACGUACCUGAACAUGUCCCAGAAGAUGUCCACGGCGUUUGUCCAGAACUCCAACCACCUCAACAACAACAGCCCCACGGUCACAGCGUCCUCCUCGUGCCCCCAGCCCAGCAUGUUCCUGUACAGGGACCUGGACCUGCCAGUUGCCUCCAACCACUUCGACAUGUACAGCGCCAAGACCCCCGUUUCGGCCUUCAGCCCCGCCAGUCAGAGCUCGAAUUCGCCCCAGUUGCGGUCGUCGCCGCUGCACAUGGGGGCGCAGAAACACAGCACUUUGCACGAGCUGCUCAUGAAGCGGGAGAAUUACAUCUCGCCGGAGCGAGGGGUCGCCGCUGGGGUGCAGAAAAGCACGCCCUCCACGUCGCCGAACGUGCGGAUGCCGAGGAGCAGUCACACCUCGCGGCUGUCGUCCUCGGCGCCCACGCACGUGGGCUUUGCCGAUAUCUGGCAGAGGAGGGAGCCGAGGAAGCAUUUGCUGUCCACGGGGUCGCUGGCGGAGGCCGGAUCGACGUCCUCCAUCUCCACGGGAGGGAUUCUGAGUCCGGAUCCGCAGGAUUUCUCGCAUGAUGAGUUUGAUACGGAUGAGGAGAGCGAUGGGGAUCAUCAUUAUGAGGAUGUUUCGUCGGAAAUAGACUCCGAUGACGACGAACACGUGCCUAAACAAUCAAACAGCAAGAAAGAACGGUAUUUCUGGCAAUACAACGUGCAGGCAAAAGGCCCCAAAGGGCAGCGUCUGGUAAUGAAAUGUAAAAUGGAAGACCCGCACGUCCUUAACGAAGUAACUGAUCCGGUUUUUAGCCCUGAUUGUUCAGUUAGAGGUAUAAAACACAGCGGAAAAGCGCGCAAAGGCGACGGCAACGAUCUGACGCCAAACGCGCGAAAGCUUUUCAACAUUGGAAAAGAACUAGAUAAGUUGGGGCGGACGAUCAACGACAUGACGCCCGUCAGCGAACUGCCCUUCAACGUGAGGCCGAGGUCCAGAAAAGAGAAGAACAAACUGGCCUCCAGAGCCUGCCGUUUGAAGAAAAAGGCCCAACACGAGGCGAAUAAAAUCAAACUGAACGGGCUUGAAAAUGAACACAGGAACAUUUUGCACGGGAUUUCGCAAUGUAGGGACCUGGUGAUGGCCAAACUGCAGGAACAGUCGCCCGAAAAACAGGAAGAGUUGUCGGCAAGGAUCGAAAAUAUCUUCAAAGCUGCAACAAGGUUGAAAGUUGCGGGUUUUACCACAGACUACGUUAACAAAAUUCUAGAGAAAAUUAACAAAGGACAGCCUGUCACAGGAUUGGAGGAUAAUAUUUAAGUGUAACCAAAUCUGUAAUUGAAUCUCUAUAUCGCAUUUUAGGUAUAAGCAAAAAUAUAUUUUUAAUAACCAUAUUUAUGUAAUUUAAUUUGAUUACAAAUUAUCGAUUUUUAAUUACCUGUAGGUACAUUUUUUACAGCUUAUGUUAGUAGGUCAUGAUACAUGAUACAGUGUUUUGUUAUAGUUCCUAUUAGGUUACGUUGUUUGCUACAGUGCGUUGUUCGUCAAGUCGACUAUGGAACUUAAAUUUUAUAGGUGACUUGAUGAACCAUUUUUAAACACACUGUAUUAUUACGUUUGAAUACUUAUUGAAUUGUAAUAGUUAUUUAUGCACCUCUUCCUGAAAAUUCGCUCUUAGGCAGGAUUUCACGUCUUUCUGUUUUAUUUUUGUCCACAUUGGUGCAUAAACUUGUUUUAAACUUUCAAUAUGAACUGCAAAAUAAAUACUAAACGUUGUUCCAAUUAACACAGGUUGUGUUUUGUCGUAAUUCUAAAUUCUGUUGUUUUUAUUUGAGACAUCACUUUUUGUUGUUUUGCGGGGUUUUCAUGUUACUGAUGUUUUAAUUGUUUGCAUGUAAAUUAAUGGUCUAUAUUAUCAUAAAUGUUGAUAAUUAUUACUAUAGUAUGUUGUUGCAUGUAGAUUGUAAAAGUUUCUAAAGUAGCGAUUAUUGUAUUGCGCUUAAUUGAACGAAGUCGGUAUUUUACUUGGCAAUUAUUGAAGUAAACAAGAAACCAAAUUGACAGUGAAGUGAACCGGCAGUUAUUUUUAUUUCUAGGCUCUAUUAGGUUAUUAGUUCGUAGGGUAGAUUAAAGGUGUUUCUUGGUAACAGUUGGUGACCUGCUCUUCAAACAGUUCUGUGUAAAGAGAUAACUAUUUUUGGAAUGACCACUAUAUUUUUGUAAAUUUUGUAAGCACACCAAGUGAAUCGUUGAGACAUGUGAUUAGAUGAUAAUGUGUUCAGUUUGUGAUAAGCUUUCUUUAUAAUAAUGUAAAUAUAGUGCAAAAGUGAGCUCAAUGUAAUCAGGUAUUUACAUUAAUCCAUAGGUUUAUAACGUGACAGAAUUUACAUUGUAAGGGUUAUAAAUUAGGUUUAUUUUGAUAAAAGGGCUGUGUUUUAGGGUUAAUUAUUGCGGGUGAGCCAAGUAAAAUACAUGUGAUGUGAUGACACAAUGGUUUGUUCGAGUUGGUUUGAGCCUGUGAUGGCCAUAAAUAUAUUUUUACAUUGAACGCAGACGAAUAUCCAAAGUUGAUAUGGUUUUAUACUUGUAGUUUAAGUAUUGCCAUGCUUAUGUUUUGUAUUUUCAUAGUUACAGUUUAUGUUAAUUUAUUUCUAUCGGUUAAGUUUGUAACUCUGUCGAUUUUUGUUUAAUGUUCAAUUAAUAAUAAACGAUAUUUAUAAUUA